AUGAAGCUCCUCGCUAUCAGGCACGGCUUGCUAUUGCUAGAGAACCAGAUUCCCUUCUUUGUUCUUGAAAAAUUGUUCAGCCUUACCAUAGAAUGUAUCCCCGAUCGUUCCCACGACGUUUCUCUUACUGAUUUCGGAAAUGAUAACCUCAAAAAGAAGGUUAAUACAAGUGAUUAUCAUGUACUCCAUCUCUUACACCAGUGCUACCUUCCUAAUGAUGAAUCAUGGGAAGGGAAAGGGGAUGAGGAUGAAAUUGAAUUCCCAAAAAAGAAAUUCAGAUUCCCAUCUGCAUCAGACCUCGAUUUGGCAGGAGUCAAGUUCGUGGCGGGUACUGGAGAAGACAUGUUCAAUGUCAAAUUCGAUAAACCUCAAGGCCUAUCACGGUGGUUCCAUAGAGCUCGUUUUGAAAUCCCAACUUUAUCCAUUUAUGAUGACACCGAGCCAUUGCUGAGAAACCUCAUCGCUUUCGAGCAAUGUUGCCUUGCUGUUCCGCGUUACAUGACAUCGUAUGGCUUCUUUAUGGACAAACUCAUAAAUUCGGCUGAAGAUGUUAAGUUGCUUGAAAAUGCUGAAAUUUUACAUAACUAUUUGGGUACCGGCGAAGAGGCCUCGGAUCUCUUCAACAACAUCUGCAAGGAAGUUGUGGUCGGAAGGUUCUAUUUUGAAAAAACAUGUGAGGCCGCGGGCAAUCACUGUCGGGAACUGUGGCCAAGAUUUAUGGCGUCGCUGAGACGCGAUCACUUUGCUAAUCCAUAGACAGGCAUAGCUGUC